UCCAUUCAGGCAGCAUCAACACCAAAUGUCCAGUUAACAUUUCCCUGCGAGUUUCUGCGACUGCGAGUGGAAAAUCUGGAGGCACACAAGCAGUUGCAGAUGACUUGCCGCAGCCUUCGCCUGGCUCCUCCCCCUGGUGCUGCUUCUGCUCUUGCCUCCCGAACUCAUGAUGAAUCUCUCAAAACCCUCUACUUCAGGCAGCAGCUGGAGGAAUGCAGUAGAGAAUUUGGGCAACUGAUGCAGGGGUAUGAAAAGCUGUUUAAGGCAUCCUUUGAUGCUGACCCCAAGACACUUGUGUGUCUCCUGCUCAUGGAGCAUAGUUGUGGGGUGGUGAAGACAGGCAUUGAUGCUUUCAUCCUAAGGAAGGAACCCACUUCCUCAUUUGACAUCAAACCCAGGCUGAGGUCAAACCUAGAGAGUCUGGGGAUUGAGAUGAAGCCACUUUGGGAAGCAUGUCAGGAAGCCCAGAGGGUCUUCCUGGAAAUCUCCAAGUCCAACAAAGGAAUCAUUAACCAUGAGGAAACAGAGGUGAUGAUGAAGGCAAGUCAAAUCCUCUCUUCCCUCCCACUUGGCCUUCCUCGCUUUUUCUUCCAGACCCUUCAGACCACUAGCAUCAAGAUGGCAGUGAGCCCACAGCCAUAUAUGGAGGGAGGAGCCAUCAGUGUCCAGACCCAGGCACACCUCACGGUCAAGGUGGAAGGGGUGAUUCAACAGGGUGGAGGGAAGAUCUUUCACAUCCCUCACAAGAUCCUCAUCACAGUUCACACCCAACUCACAUCCUCCAAGUCUCUCCCUCCUUCUAAGGUGAAAUAUGUAGACUUUAUCACUAGCAGUACCUAUGCCAAUCCUUUGAGAACUCAUUUUGUCAUGUCUCAUCAUUUGGAGAAUGACAAAUGCUAG